AAAACAGGAAUUUAUAGCUGAUUUCAAAUGACUUGAAAAUACAUUGUUUGUGGAAGAGUUGCGUUCCAAAACCUGGGAUUUCGUUAGGACAGAAGUCAGUGCUUUUGCAAAAAAAGGUAAGAUACAAUUCAAGCUGUUUAGUUAUCUAUUGUCUAAUAUAUUGGAGCCAAAGGCUUUUCGGUCCUUUCCUGAAGGGGUUAGAGCCUAAAAACUCUUAAAAAUUUUUCAGUGACGCUUUUCCCCUUCACAUUGAGUUUUACAUGAUAAAUCAAAUGAGAAAUAAAAGAUUUCCGAAGGGUAAAGGGAAAAAUAAAGAAAACUGAAGUUAUACUUGAAAGUAUUUUGUCAACAAUUCAAUUCUCGAAACGAAUUCGAAGAUUCUUCUCUUUUUAAGUGAUGAAUAAGUAACGCUAUGAGUAGUUCAUCCAAAUAAGGCUUCCUUUUAAACUGAGUUUAAGGAAUCAAGUACUUAGUCAAGUUAAUUGAACGAAAUUCCGACAUAAAAACAGUUCAAUCCGGUUUUUAAAUUUUAUGAAUUUUGACUCUUGACUUUAACCUGCCGCUGUUUAAAUUUCCACCGCCAUCUUGAUGGCUUAGCCACAAGGGCUUACUCUGAUUAAAAUAGUGCCUUAUUUAGAUUAAAAAUGGUAUCUUACAAUUUUCAGAACACGUUUUAAAGAUAUAGUCAUGUUCCUUUCCAUCAGGUUUAUUAAGAGAUUUCUUGGUUUUAUACAAAGUUGAGCUCAAAUUGCACUUGCGCAGAACGCCCAAAACAUCAUUUUCGCGCGGAAUUUUUUUAAAUGCCGCUACUUGGAUAUUUGUGUAGUAUUUAUUUGCAGCAAUUCUAGGUCCUAUUAUCGAGAUCAAAUCUCGAAAAUUCAAAAUAUUGAAGAAGUAGUACACCUUUCAAUUUCGGGUCUAAAUCAGUCCAGGUUCAGUGAUCACCAACAUAGUAAGCAAAUUAAAAGCGAAGUUUCAGGUCUCCUGGUCUCAAUCUAUCGGUGUUUCAACAGUGUAUUUGUAAUGGGGGAGUUCUGAGGGACUCCUGUACUGAAUAAGGAUUUCUACGUAACUGUUUUGUGGACGCAGCUCGGUAUAAGUCAAAAUACUACACAAGAGAGCCGGGAGAGGAGAAUCAAGUUGAUUUACAAACAGGUAGCACCAAGAAUAGAGAACCCGCCAAGUCAGUGUUCUCUUGCAUGUCAUUAAUUCGUAAAGAGUUCCAGAUCAUUGUAUAGCGGCCUUCGAUGGCAAAGCCUUUGGGUUUCUGGGAUAAAUUUACCAUCACUAAAAUGUAUUAACAAACGAUUCCGCGCCAUUUUGAGUUCAGGACUUUUGACUGGUUAUUUAAAAAUCCGGAUUUUACAAGGUUUGUAGCUGUCUUUGUUCUUUGUCGAUAAAAUGGGAAUCGAAUCAGUGUGGAGUUACAAGGAUUUCUACCCUUUGUCGUAACGUAUUAACUUAUAUAUUUUUGUAAAUGAACGGUGAGGCAUUAGCAAGCUUAUAUGGCUGAAAAAAAACUGUGAUGUUUACGGAAAUUUAUUUUAAAUAGUUUUAAAUAAAUUUAAGAACUCCGCGGCUAGCUGUUUUCCAAGACUGUAAAGUCAACUUUAAAUAGAUGUUACCAGAAACUUGUUACUGAGUGGCUACCACUACUGACGUUACUUCUACCAGUAAUAUUGAGAAAACUAUUCUGCCUUUCCAGAAAGCAAAAUGGUUUCCAUUUGAUCCCUAGAAUAAUUAUUUCUGUUAGAUGUUCGCUCAUAUGUAAAAUAACACAAGAUAACUUAUAGACAGGGGAUGUCUGGUCGUAUAAAAAGUUUUCUUGGUCUUAUGUAACCACGAUUUUUCAACAAACUACCUGUAGUUAAAGCCCUCCCUAAUGAUGUUAAACUAUUGUAUUAAAUUUGUAUCGAUCCGUGAUUUUUUAAUAUCUAGAAAUUUCAUAACUUUCCGGACUUUUGGAGAGCAAAUUUGUUUAUUUCGCGGGCGAAUGCAUUUUGUAAUAUAAGUACACUCAGUUGUUUAAGCGCUCCAUUAAUCACAACUCAACAUAAAACAGGACCUUCAUUAGAGCGUACACUAGCAUGUAGGGGGUCUUUUUGGAACUACAUCUACUUGAUAUUUUACAGUUCUAUGAUCUGAAUUUCAGACAAUUUUGACUAGGACACAAAAGCCUUAUAGAAUUUUCACACUUGGCGGAUAAACAAUUUUAUUUUUCUUUAGUAAUAACAAUAUAUAGAUUUCUGAAUUAAAAAGGCGAUACACUGCUCUGAAGAAAUAGGAGAUUCCGUUAGCGUACGUUGAUCAUAAAUGCCCAGUGACGUUCUAAUUAAUGGAACUAAUCUUGCAGUUUUUAUCAAUACUUUUUUUACAGUAGGGCCUGCUGCUAACCAACGUUCUAAGUUCGAUAUUAUGAGAAAAGCGCAUGCGCAUAGUGGUUAAUCCCAAGAUCAGUACAGAUGCGAUUUAAUUACGAUGAUUAAUGUAAAGAUUCUCCGUGCGCGUGUUCCUAAAGGUUUUUUAAAGUCAGACUACAGUAGUUCACUUUAUUAAGAAACGUCAAUAAACGACUGGGAUUCAUAUCCGGUGAUCAUAAAACACACCCAUCAGCGCUCCUCACUCUUGACUGCUUGAUAUCUUGAUCAUGCAUGCAUUCUUUUAAGAAACUUAUAUUUUUAUUUAUGGAUCAUAAAAUGUCAGUUCACCGAAAGGAAUGUCGUGCUUUGCGCCUAAUUUCCAGUGUAAACUUUAAUAAGCUUUACAGCUUCUUUACCUUGAAUGUGAGUUUUUAUGCAGUUCGGUUACUUUGCUUCUUAGUUUAAGUCAGUUUACCACAUUUGUCUCUCCUCAUUAUGGAAUGGGCAGAUGAUACAAUUAUAGCUUUAAAACCUAUAUGCACUGUCCUGCAGUACCUGCUUAGGUGUCACUUAAAACUUAACUGACGUCUUAGUACCUUCUCUACGCAGGAAGUAAAGAGGAAAUAACGAAGAAAAGAAGGACGAGUACACAGUAAUGGGGCUCUCUUGGGUCCCUCUUCUCUUGACAAUCCUUCCAUGGAUGGCUAAAACAAAAGGUAAAUUAUUUAAAGAAACACAGGUCUGGAAAAAGCUCCGUUCUGAUUGAGAACACUUAAUCAAGCUCAUAAUCCCUAACAAAGUAGACCCCUCAAAUGAAAUACUGAAGAAUUGUGCUUUUGGUCUUAUUUCGACAGAUCUACACUACAUAGGAUGUUUUAAAGAUAGUGACCCGAGGGAUCUCCCUCAACGUGUUCUUACACCAAAGUUGAAUGCUAGGACAUGUGUUAAAAAGUGCAAAGAACUAGAAUUUAAAUACGCUGGACUUCAAUUUUCUUAUCUUUGUUUCUGUGGAAACACUUACGGAAGAUAUGGAGAACUUCCGGAAGACAAGUGCUCCAGUGAAUGCAAGAGUAAACGAGAUUCGUUUUGUGGAGGUCACUGGAGUAAUUCGGUUUACAAGACAGGUGAGUUUUAGGCCGUCUGUUCACAUUUGGCACCCCAGCACGCUACCUGAGCAUCGUACUCACUGGGCAAUUAUGAGAACACACCCUUAUUUGAAAAUACAAAGCUAGAAUUCGGGCACUAGGGAGUUUAACUGAAGCAGCGACGUUUUUGAGCGACACACGACAACCGGAAGUGAACCUUUUUAUCUUAUAAUAUGCCUUGACGAUACUAAAUUUGUAUUGAUAAGUGUGUUUACUCUUAUAGAGACGAUCUAAAAGUCCACUUCCGGUUGACGUUCGUCGCUCAAAAACAUCGCUUCUUAAACUCCCUACUGUGUCGGCCCAAGUGGAAGGUUAAGGCCUUGCACUUGGGCACUAAAUGGGCACGGGGACGUGCUCAGGUUUUCUGUUCGCACAUAACCAUAACUUUCUGCUACGCUCGGUCUAGGUUUCAAAAUUGCGUCUGAUGGGGUGAAAAGGAGCAAAUACUGUACGUACACAGGUUCAUAUCGGGUACCCUCUGUUUGAACACAACACCAUUUUGUGACGAUACCCCUACUACAGUGUGGUAGCUUGAAAAUUUAGGGUUAAUGCGAGUCUUCGUUGGUGCUAUAUAUAUAUGGAGUUUGUUCCCUUUUAAGUUCGACUUGCACGAGGGCCGUAAAGGCUAAAAAUAUAAAAUAUAUAUAAACACCUUACGCACUAGGCAGCUUCUUUGAUGCGCAAUUAAAUAAAAUUUACAACAAAGGCGGAAGUGUAAGGGUUUUUCUUAAAUGGUGUCCCAACCGAAUAUAUGAGCCAGUUACGAAAACUGAUGCCAAAACAUCUCUGUCCAUUUAAAGAGGGAACUGAUCAAUCCUUUCAUGAGGCAUUUUCACAAAUCUUUACAUUUGUGCAAGGACUGCGUGUGUAAUUAUCUAAUUAGAAAAGAAGCAUUAAAACUAAUCAGCGAAAAACACGCGCAACGUAACGAAGCUCUUUAAAAAUCAAAUUAGUAUUCUAACUCGCAGGCAGUUAUUGCUCGAAACGCAAUCAAGGAUCAGUUAUACAGAAGUUCCUUCUUACAAAGUAUCGUGUGCAUUUUUCUUAUUUAGGAUACAAGCCUCCCUCAAAGAGACACAAGAAAUCCCACAAACAGGUCAAAAGGGAUGAGGUGGUUUUAUUUGACAAUGUUAAAGAAUAUAACCAUAGGCCUGGUGAGUGAAAAAAUCAUUUUGUUUCUAAAUCAGCAGCAAUUAACACCAAUUGCAAUUAGCUCAAAAUUCAUACACCUGUAAUCUUUAUAUUAGAAGGGUAGCCUGAGAAAACAGCCGAGAUGUCUCGACUCCAACACUGGUUUCCCGCGAAAUGACGCCUGAGAAACGAGCGCAGAAAUUCCAUACUGAUGACGCGACACUAUCCGAAUCUGGGUGGUGCUUCUGAUUAGCUGAAGCAAAUUUCCUAUGGGAAAUGACCAAUCAGAAGCACUACCCAGAUCAGGGUAGUGACACGUCAUCAGCAUGGAAUUACUGCGCUCGUUUCUCAGACGUGCAUUUCGCGGAAAAACCAGUGGUGGUGUCGAGCAAUGUCGGCUGCGGUUUUUUCAGGCAAUUAUAGAGGGGUUACAAUUUCAAUUGUUCAUUCCAUAAUCACGUUAUGAAAAAGACGGGACUAACGCAUAAGUAGAUGUGGCAUUACAUCGAUCCGCCGCACUGUACUCCUACUUUCCUCUAUAAGGCCAAUUGCAUCAAAAUCUUUACUUCAGUAAUACAUUGUGUUCAGUGCCCUGGCCAUUGAAUAGAGGCGAGGUUGGAGUUGACCUUGUUUUGUUAAAAACCGUCCUGUUUUUUACAUGUUAAUAAUCAUGUUCACAGGUUUAUUAGCAUGGGAGUAACACGAUUGGCACGUGAAAGCAGGAAGGUUUGUAAACAAAGUCACCUUCAGCCUUGUUCCUUUCAUAUGCCAGGGUACUGAGCAAACAAUUGUGAACUGGCCCGUUAAAAAUGCUGACUGAUUCAAGGACUAAUCUCAUGGCUGUUGGGUUGUUGUGGAGGCAAUGAAAAGAAUUUCAAAUUAUUAUAAACAUUUGAUUUUGUUUUUUUUCAACAGAGGAUCGGACGGUAACAAUUGACGUAAACCCAUCCGAAUACUCUUAUAUUCCACGACCUGCACAGGAGCAAUCAAAUACCAGGAAACAAAGAUCAGCUGUAUAUGACGCGAAUUCGUACUAUAAUUAUGCAGACAAUAGUUACGGGACAAAUCCCGAGAACAACAGUGUAACUCCUGCGGCUUACGGGACAAACAACGGACAAGAGCAAGUAGCAACGGCUUAUGGUCAAGAUAGCAACAGUUAUUAUUAUUCAACGGCACAGCAAACUGUAGAUAGAAACACAAGUGCGGAUUCUUAUUAUUCGUCUCAAAGAAAUGCAUCCACAGGGUCAUAUAAUACCCCUGAAAUGUCAACAACAUCAUAUAAUAAUCCUGAGGGGUCUCAGACUCAAUCUCAGUACGAGUCACAAUCUGCAAACACAACUAAUUCUUCGUACUAUUCAUCAGAGCAACAACAAGCCCAACAGGAAAAUAGAUUUACUACAAAUAAUAACCCGGAACUGUCAUCAACAUCAUAUUAUAAUGCUGAAAAGUCAAAUUCAUAUAAUAAUUCUGAAGUGUCUCCGAAUCAAUCUCAGUACGAUUCACAGUCUGCAAACACAACUUACUCGGAUGCCUUGAGUGUCUCACAAGCGUCAUCAUGGAGCAAGGAAAGUAACGCUGCCUAUCCAUAUGGAUCCCAACCUGCUAAUAAUAGUGGAAUUAACGAAACGGCGCAAGGGUAUAGCGUAUCUCAGUUGAAUAACACACAGAAUACCGCUGAUUACCUCUCGAAUAGCACACAAUUUUCGAAUCAGCAGCCAGCCGGAUACACAUACUCAGACCAGGAACCGUGGCCAGCUCAGACCCCUUCACCAUCCCCUGCACCAUAUCCGGCAUACGCUCCUUACCCGGCUCCUUAUCCGUCACCAUACCCUUCUCCCUCUUAUGCACCAUAUCCUGCUCCUUAUCCGGCCUAUGCUCCAUAUCCUUAUCCUUCUCCUGCCCCCUAUCCAUAUCCCUCCCCGUCUUCUUAUUCGUCUUAUCCAGCUCCAUCCCCAGCUCCAUCUCCUGCGCCAGCUAAAGAGAGCAACGAUCAGAGUGAGUAAAACAGAUAGAAAAAUACCAUUAAAAUUAAAAGUGCUGAUAAAUUUUAGUGUUGCCUUAUAAAUAAUUACUUACUUACUACAUUUGAGCUAUGUCUAGAAAACAAGAUUUUGGUGUUUGCUUUGCUUUCGAAAUAUUCCGACAAACGCCAGCCCCACCCUCGUCUAGAUUAUAAUAGGAGUACUGCAGGCGAAACUCGUCAGGGAAAAGGCACUUUUUUAAUUUAAACCUAAGAUGUAGAACGGGGCACAGCUUUCGUGGUUCUGAUUAUAGUAGUAUUCAUAGAAUUCUUGCUCUGGGAUAUUAACUGAAGAUGCUCGGAUUUUCAAGAGGUCACAAUUUAGGGACAACGCUUCGCGUUUUCUUCAGCGGGUCUUUCUAUCUGAGAAGCCUGGUCACUGUAUAUUCUCUACCCGUGCCUACAUGGGUUCCUUCUAGGACCCUUUGAUAGCCUUACAAAAAGAUGUGACCAUGUAUAACUUGGCAUCCAUGGGAAAUUUUAAUUACAUCCGACUGACUCAUUUGCUCAAAUUAGAUCAAUUACCCCAAACGUACUGCAAUGCAAACUACUUUGCAGGGUGCAACUAAAUAAUUAACGGCAUGACCAUGUUAAAAUGUCAUUGCCGAUUACAGUGUUAGUUCAUAAUACGAUAAUGACGCACAUUUCUUUCUUUAGCAUAGAACAGCUUUUAAAGUUAUUGUAAACUCUUGCAGAAACAUCCUGUCAGCUGGAGCGGCAGAUGGCAAAGACAAUGGAAGACGCCUUUGUACCUGAAUGCAGUUCAGAUGGUAGCUACGCCGAUGUGCAGUGCUUUGAACACGAGGGAUUUGCCAAACAGUGCUGGUGUGUCACCAAGGACGGACAGGAAAUUCAGGGAACCCGUAUGUCAGACGGGCAAACACCCAACUGUGCUAUUGUGGCUGACAAAGUGGAAGAAAAUAAGCAGGAACCAAAGCAGCAUGAUGGGCCAAAGAAGAUUAACAUGGCAGUGCCAUCAGGGAAUGGAACAAAAUUUGAAGUCGAAGUUGAAGUAACUCUCAAUGACACGAUAAAAGGUGAAGUUAUUUUCGAAAAAAAGCUUUGCGACACCAGUUGUUAUUACUUUAACGUAUACAUACAGGGGCGUGGCCAGCCCAUAGACCUGUAGGCCCGGGCCUACAAAGUUUUUGGUUUGAUAUCUCUACAGCUCAGUAAUUAAUUUAUGCUUUAUUGGGGUGAGAUAAAAAGCUGAAGAGCUCAAAGCUUUGGUACGUUAGGUUAGUGCAUACUAGUCAUGUGUGCAAUUUUCAGGAUGUGUGGAAAUGAAGUCAGCCAGGCCUACAAAUAGUCGAAAAGCUGGCUACGCCCCUGUCAUAUGCUAACGCAUUUUGAUAACAAAGGGGCAUAAAUCAGACAGCAGUUUUUCAUAAUAAUCAGGGGCGAACCAUUUGAUCGCAUUCGAAAUUUGGAGUUGGCUGAAAAGGAAGGGCUUUUGUUCCCCAUAUUAGCUAACUUCGGUAAUCAUAUUCAGUUAACACCCCUUAAAUGACACUAAAACACUUCCUAAGGUGAAAUAGUUUUGAUGGAAGGUUAAUUAGAGGUUACUUGCUGUAUUUUGAACCCUUCAAUUAGUCCAGUCGGAAAGUCCAUUAGGGCGACGAAUUAAACCAAUUUUUUUAAGAACGUUUAAAAAUAUAAUAUAUUCACUUUAAAACUUCAUUCACAGAAAUAAUAAGAACCCAGUGUCAAAAAGAAAGAGACAUUGCUAAGUCGCCUCUCAUCACUGACAUCUUUGUGCCUGUGUGCGACAAGGAAGGGAACUACGUUCCCCAUCAGUGUUUUGAACACAACACUUACGGAAAACAGUGUUGGUGUGUGGACUCUUCAGGCCAGGAGAUUAAAGGAACGAGGGUAAGCGAUGGAACGACACCAAAAUGCGGUAAGUGUAGAAGAUCUGUUGCCUUUGUUUAG